UGCUGGAGUGCAGAUAUAACCCACCAUCCUGCGACUUGCUGGAAGGGCAGCAGACGGUGUAACAAGGUAACAUCGAUAAGAAUGUUCUCCUACCUCAGGAGGAAAUUAAACACCAAUUUGUUCUCGGGACACAAGAGGUCAAGAAACAGACUCGUGUCUAAGGAUGGAAGAUGCAACAUCGAGUUUGGAAAUGUGGAAGAGGAAUCACGGUUGGCAUUCUUGGCUGACAUUUGGACCACGAUUUUGGACCUCAGAUGGAGGUACAAGAUGACCAUUUUUAUUUCAGCGUUUCUGGGCAGCUGGUUUCUUUUUGGCUUGCUGUGGUACGCCGUUGCGUAUCUGCACAAGGAUCUUCCAGAGUUUAACCCUUCUGUUAACCACACCCCAUGCGUGGAAAACAUUAAUGGACUUACUUCAUCCUUUCUCUUUUCUCUGGAAACUCAAGUAACCAUUGGUUAUGGGUUUCGAUGUGUGACCGAGCAGUGCGGCACAGCUAUUUUUCUUCUUGUUAUUCAGUCCAUUCUAGGAGUUAUAAUCAACUCUUUCAUGUGUGGGGCUAUCCUGGCCAAAAUUUCUCGACCAAAGAAAAGGGGAAAAACCAUCACUUUUAGUAAAAAUGCUGUCAUCAGUAAAAGAGGUGGAAAGCUCUGCCUGCUCAUCAGAGUGGCAAACCUCAGGAAGACCAUGUUAAUAGGUAGCCACAUCUACGGAAAACUACUGAAAACCACGGUGACGCCUGAAGGGGAAACCAUUAUUUUAGAUCAAGUUAAUAUUGAAUUUUUAGUGGAUGCUGGGAAUGAGAAUCUGUUUUUUGUUUCUCCGUUGACCAUCUAUCACGUCAUAGACAAAAAAAGUCCUUUCUUCGAAAUGUCAGCCGAGACAUUACUCCAGCAUGAGUUCGAAUUGGUGGUCUUCCUCGAUGGUACAGUGGAGGCCACGAGUGCCACCUGCCAAGUCCGCACUUCCUAUAUCCCAGAUGAGAUACGCUGGGGGUAUCGAUUUGCACCGAUUGUAUCAAAAACCAAGGAAGGCAAAUAUCGGGUGGAUUUCUCCAACUUCAGCAAAACAGUGGAGGUGGAAACGCCACACUGCGCCUUUUGUCUAUACAAUGAAAAGGACGCGAGGGCGAAGAUAAAGACAGGAUAUGAUAACCCGGCCUUUGUACUCGCAGAACACAGCGAGGCCAGCGAAACCAAAAUGUAGCCAUACACGUCUCCUGCUGAGCAUUUAGUGCAACAGGCCCGGACUACAUUGAUAACGCUUUUUUUGUUUUGUUUUUUGAGUCCAUAAGGACUCUUCUGGUAUAAGCGAAUUCUCCAUGAGAAGGUAGAUUUAGAGGGAUUGUCAAUGAACCACAGAAAUCUGUUGAACAAGACAUUUUCAGAUAAAUCAGGGAUAAGUAAAGCUGCGUAUGUUUAUGUUUUACAAUAGUUUUGUAUUUAUGUAUUAUGGCACUUUAGGAUAGAAGAAAAAGUCUAUCACAUUAUUUUAAUUCAUAAAGGCACGGGGUUCGCUUUCAGAGCAUUCAAUGUCUUAUUUUGUGUUACAAGUCAAGAGAAAAAAAAAUAUGACAUACAGUGAAAUGUAUCAUUAUUGGGUGUCACACACAACAUUAUUACAACUACACGAUAAACCAAGAUUACAGGGGCUCUGAAGAAUAAGCGAUACAGCCGUGUUAAUAAAAAUCAGUGUGAAAAACAAAGCAAAUCUAUUAUGCACUGGCUGGACUUUUCCAAAAGUUGGGAAUUUAAUAAAGUUAUUGGUAACUAAUUAACCUAUAAUUUGGGCAUUUAAAUUCAAUUAUUGCAGUGAUUAAGCUGGUAUGAGUACAGUCCUCUGGGAUUGUGCACGCUCUCAGCAAAUGUGAUUGUGGCUUGCACCUAAAACGUAAUGCCAACUCUCAUUAACCCCCACCCAUCUAUGAUUUCCUACGCCAUUGUGAUCCCUGACUUAUUUUUUUAAUGAAGAAUGUUUUUAAACCUCGUUUAUGAAAACAUAGGUAAUGUAUUCUAUUCAGUUAACUAUUUAAAUAACCCAAACUCAUACACUAAACGUACAGGUCAAAAAAUGAAAAAAAUAUGAGUUUUAUGGAGUAAAUCAAAAGGAAGGUUCAUGUAUCAAUCCAUCCAGGCAAGAUUGACCUUCAUGGAGCUCUUACAACACACUUUCAUAUUUAGACAAUCCAGCAAUUAAACUAGGCAGGAUUGCUUGCCAGGUUGAGAUCAAUUAAGUUUAUAUAGAGAGAUAUGCAGAGUCUAGCAUCCAGUUAUAUUACCUCUCCAGAACAACCUGCCUCACAAAAGUUUGUUGCCCUGCAAUUUUAGAGAAGGUCGAUCAUAAAAAGCUUGCUUAUGAUACAAGGUCAUAUUAUGAAGAAUAAUGGAUCUUCUGUCAGUAAUGCUAAAUAUAUCACUUAUAAUAAAAAGUUAUGU